AUGGCGGAGCUAUUGCGGGCGCCGUCCGUGCCCUCCCUGGCCGGGCUGGAAGAGGAGCUCACCUGCUCCAUCUGCCUGUGCCUCUUCGAGAGCCCGGUCACCACGCCCUGCGGCCACAACUUCUGCGGGCCCUGCCUGGACGUCACCUGGAGCGGCCUCCAGGCGGGCUUCAGCUGCCCGCAGUGCCGGGCCAGCUUCCAGCGCCGGCCCGAGCUGCAGAAAAACACGGUGCUGUGCCGGGUGGUGGAGCAGUUCCACAGCACCCAGCCCGCGAGCCCGGCCGCCGAGGAGAAGAAAGGCUGGGACGGGAGCCGCUCCGAGGUGGCCUGCGACAGCUGCCUGGAGGCCGCGGCGGCCAAGACCUGCCUCACCUGCAUGGCCUCCUUCUGCCUGGAGCACCUGCGGCCCCACCAGGAGAGCCCGGCGUUCCGCGACCACCAGCUGUGCCCGCCCCUGCGCGACCUGCAGCAGAGGAAGUGCCAGGACCAUAACAAGCUGCUGGAGUUCUACUGCCGGGACCACGCCAGCUGCAUCUGCUGCGUCUGCCUGGUCAGCCACAAGACCUGCGCCACCGGCCCGGUGCAGGACGCCAAGGCGGAGAAGGAGUCACAGCUGAAGAACAGACUGACGGAGCUGUAUAAUCAGAGCGAAAAAGCUUCUCUGGCGCUGGAUGAAGUGAGGGUGCUGCAAAGACAAGCCAGUGAGACAGCUGCCCGAAAGAUGGAUUUGCUCAGAAGUGAGUUCUUGGAAAUUAAAGCUUUAAUAGAAGAAGAAGAAAACCAGGCAAUGAGGAAGGUUGAAGAAGAGGAAAAGCGAGUCUGUGAUAAGUUUGAUUAUGUCCAUAACGUCCUGGGAAAGAAGAAAAAUGAAAUUCAGGUCAUCAGGGACCAGAUUGAAAUGGCACUGACUGAAGAUGAUGAUAUUACAUUUUUAAAGAAAGCAGCAAAAUUGCGAAACACUUCAACCAAAGAUGUUUUCAUCCCCAGAAUUGAUCUGGACCAAAACUUGAUACACACCAUUUAUCAAGGUGCCUUUUCCCUUAAAGAAAUAGUGAAACGAACGGUGAAUCAACCUCAGGAGAAGAAAAUGGAAGCAGGUGGACAGUCCAGACCAAGUGUGGAAGAGAAGGCAAAUCUACAGUGGAAACCUAAGGCUUUUCAAAUAAACCCUUCAAAUAAACUCUCAGCAUCUGGAAGAAAAGCUGUUGGAUCACAAGCUGCAAAAAUAGGUAAAGCCCAUCAGAAGCCUCAGUCGGAGUUGAGUGAGGAUGCAGACACCAGGGAUAAAAGAAAACCUGCCAAAUCUGCACCAAACACUGCGAAUCCAGGUGCAACAUCUCUUGAAAGCUUUUUAACGAAAUCGAGAGAGGAGCUCCUGGAGUAUGCUGCUAAAAUCACGCUGGAUUUCAACACCGCUCAUAACAAAGUGCUGUUAUCAGACAGAAACACCAAGAUGUCGGUCUCUGAAAUACCCCAGAAGUAUAGCCCCCACCCUCAGCGCUUCACCUACUGUUCCCAAGUGCUGGGCUUCCAGUGCUUCAAGAGGGGCAUCCACUACUGGGAAGUGGAACUGCAACGGAACAACUUCUGCGGCAUCGGCAUCUGCUACGGUAGCAUGGACAGGCAAGGGGCGGAUAGCCGCCUGGGGAGGAACAGCAGCUCCUGGUGCAUUGAGUGGUUUAAUUCGAAAAUUUCAGCCUGGCAUAAUGAUCUUGAAAAAUGUCUGCCCAACACCAAGGCCACCAAGAUUGGUGUGCUGCUCAAUUACGAGGGAGGAUUCGUUAUUUUCCUGGGUGUUGGCGAGAAACAUAACUUGAUCUACAAAUUUAAAGCGCAGUUCACUGAAGCGCUGUAUCCUGCUUUCUGGGUGUUUUCCAGUGGCACUAUGCUUUCGCUCUGCCAGUUGAAAUAA